AUGAGACCACAGAAUUUUCUCCUUUUAUUCCUUUUCCCGAUUUUUUCAACUGUUGGCCUUGUCGAUUUCUGCGGUCACUUCCUUCCUGUUACCGUGUCUGGCAAUGCGAUCAGUGACUUCGACUGCUGGCUGUGUCUUUGCCCUUGGUUUAAUUUGCAUUUUCCUUCUUUCUCCUCCACUACCUUAAUUACAACGGUAUGGUAUUUGCAGGGACUCAUGGGCCCACGCAUGGCCGGUUUUCUGUUAGGUUCGGUUGCUGCUGCAUCGGUGGCGGCUUUCCUCGUGCAGUACGACGUACUUCGUAGAAAGGACAUAACAGAGAGGGAGAUUGAUGAUAUGGAAACCCAAGCUGCGCUGGUUAAGGAUCGUUUUUACCGGGUGCAGAGCAGGUUAUUGGAAUGUCAGGGAGGUGAUGAAUAA